AAUGUGCAGAGAAAGGGGGUUAGUUAUUAACUUCAGUGAAGAAAUCCCGAUGUCAAACUUCAAGUGUAUAGUAUGCAGUAAUUACCUUCUGCACAACCCCGUGCAGUGUGAGUGUGGAGACCGACUGUGUGGAACCUGUUUCGAGUCUUUGCAGAAAAGAAAAGAAGAUGUAUUUCUCUGCCCAACGUGCAAUGUGAAGAAUCGGUUGUCUGACUGUUUCCGAGACAAGGCAGUGGAGUAUGAGCUUUGUAACAUCACCCUCAAGUGUUUGAACCCGUCCUGUCCAUGGGAGGGGGAGAGCAGGUUUUAUCAGGAACAUAAGACAGUAUGCAAGUACAUGGUAGUGCCGUGCCCCAACUCCACGUAUGGCUGUCCCUCCAGACUGGCUAAGGUGGCCGUGGAGAACCAUAUGACCACAAAGUGUCGGUUUAAGGCAGUACAAUGCACUUGGUGCCAAAAGAAUGUUCUGGAUGAGCAGGCUCACAUCAAGUCAGAGUGUGAGGAUGUGUCUGUCCCUUGCCCUAACAAGUGUGGGAUGUCGGUACCACGGAAAGAGCUUUCCAAGCACACUCGUACACUAUGUACCCACCAACUGAGAAACUGCGACUACAAGAACCUUGGAUGUUCAUACAAGGGCACUAUCCCACAGUUGACCUCACAUGCUAAGGAAUAUACAGCCUAUCACACUCAGUUGUUAAAGAUCAACCACAAAGAGAUGCAGCACUCAAUUAAGACUGAAAUUGCACUGACAGACAAUAAAGCAGCAGCACUGCAAUCUGAGAUCACCAAAACGAAAUCAGAGCUGAACGGCAAAAUCCAGCAGAUGGUUAAUUCUAUUAUGAAAACCGAGUCGUCUAUUAUCCAACUACAAGAUGGACUCAGUGAAGUAUCUCUACUAUUACAAACACUUCAAGCUGCCAGUUAUGAUGGAACAUUCAUUUGGAAAAUCCCCGAAGUCACUAGGAGAAGACAGGAAGCUAAAACUGGGAAAACUGUAUCUCUGUAUUCCGCUCCAUUCUACACAAGUCGUCAUGGAUACAAGGUUUGUCUACGACUCUACAUGAAUGGUGAUGGUACUGGCAAAGGCACUCACUUGUCGUUCUUCAUCACUCUAAUGCGAGGGGAGUACGAUGCCCUCCUCCCUUGGCCGUUCAGACAGGCAGUCACUCUGACCCUGGUGGACCAGAACAAGCAGCGAGACAUUGUCCAGUCGUUUCGUCCUGAACCAACCUCCUCCUCAUUCCAAAGACCACGCAAUGAGAUGAACGUUGCCUCAGGCUGUCCCACAUUUGCUCUCGUUUCUGUUCUCGACAAUGUCUCCUACGUCAAGGAUGAUACCUUGUUCGUCAAAUGCAAGAUCAACACCACAGGACUAACAAAUGAAUAACUAGUAUACAUGUGUCGUGCCUUUGCAUUUAAAUGUCAACCCCAUGAUUUUAUAUACAUGAA